AUGAGUAUAGAAUUUUGCUCGCAGCACCUGUUGGCCUAUGACAACUCGAUAAUCGCGUCGGAAAAUGACAUAAAAUCAAAGGCGGAAGAAAACCUGCAGCACAUUGUCCAGUGCAUGGACGCCCUGAAGAGCGGACAGGAUGACUUCAGAGACCCGGCUUACCAAAUGACCAAAACAAACCACUUCAACAUACCUAGGUAUUCAAAAAUCCCCAAAGAGAAAAAAAAUACAAAAUGGGAAAACUUUGCGAAAAAGAAAUUAAUGAAAAAAAAUAAAAGUGGAUUGAUUUACGACAAGAAUUCCAAAGCGUGGGUCAGGCGAUUUCAGAAAAAACAAAUAAAAAUAAAUGAAGAUAAUGCAAACUUCGUUCAUGAGUACAAACCGAGUGACAACAUAUAUGAGGAUCCUUUUGAAAGAAUGGAAGAGGAAAAGGAAAUUAAAAAAAUGAAACAUAAAAUGAGAGAAAUGAAAAAUAAAUUUCACCAGGAGGGCAUAUCCACGGAGGACAUCAAGUACAUUGCUCGCCAGAAAAAGAAGAGGGACAAUCUCAUGGACAAUUUGAAAACGGCCCAAAUAUCCUCCUCGACGUUUGGGCGAAAAGACAAACAACUGAAAAAGGAGAAAAAAAUGAAGGUGAGGAAUAAUGCCAUAAUGAAGCAAAAGUGCGAGACGCGCUUAGUCAAGGACGAAAUUAAGCAAAAUAAUAAGCUGGCCUCCAUUGUUUUGAAGUCCCUGUAA